GGCCCACUACCGAGGUCCUGGAACUUCAUGACCGAAUUAGCGUCAAAAAUCCACUGUAUUCACCCAGAUCUGUAUUUCUACCUUAUAUCACCAUCCGCCUCAUAAUAUUGUUAGAUAUUGAGGCAGAUAACUCUAUCACAAAAUGGCAAUUUGGAAAGAGAAGCUGAGUAUGAUAUAAUCAGAACUAUAUUACAGGUACCUACAUACCUAAUUGUCGUUAUAGAUGAUAUGAUCCGUCUACUAGGUACUACUGACCUAGGUAGGUAGGUACCUAGGUAGGCAUCUAGCAACUAAAGGAAUCCAUCUCACUGUGGCUUACCGAAUGACUCACUCUCUUACAAUUGAUAGCUGCGAGAUGUUCUUUCAAUAAAUACCAUCAAAUAUUCCUAUAGGGGAAAAAGAGAAAAAAAAACCCUCUCCAUCUUUAACAAAAGAGAAGAUACUAUAGUUAUCCACUAAUGAAUUCUUAUCGUACGAAUAUUGCAACUGUCGCACGAAAAUUAAUGAAUACGCACAGCAUGGUAUCGAGAAAACCAUUGCUAUUGGACGGCAGAACCGGUGAAGGCGGCGGCCAGCUUGUCAGAAUCGCAUGCGCUCUGGCAGCGGUAACUUCGCAACCUAUCCGCAUCGAUCAUGUAAGAGGGAAUAGACCAGGUCACCGAGGCGGCGGCCUGAAAGCUCAACAUGUUUCAGCCAUCCAGUGGCUUGCGGAGGCCACCGGAGCUGAAGUCGAGGGGUUAGCCGUCGGCAGCCACACACUAGAAUUCAGGCCAUCUUUACCUCCUACCGCUCUCGCAGGUCGGAAUUUCAAGAUAAUAGCUGGAAACACUGCAUCGAGUACCUUGCUUGUCUUCCAAGCAAUCUUCCCCUUCCUGUUGUUCGCCGGUAACGAAAGCGGGGAACCCAUCGAGCUCGAAAUACAUGGUGGUACAAAUGUGUCGUUCUCCCCUUCGUACGAAUAUCUAGAUCAGGUUCUAUUGCCUAUAUUACAGGAUAGGUUUGGUAUUACAGUCGAGAGGCAGCUGAAAAAGCGGGCUUGGGCGGUAGGUCCUCAGUUCAGAGGCUGUAUCAAGCUGAAGUUCCACCCUCUUGCACCAGGGCAAUCCCUGAAACUUCUGGGUCCCUGGAACAAAACACCUGGUGCGGAAGACUUCCGGCUCAAGAGGGUCGACGUUAGCAUCCUAGUGCCGACCUUCCUUCGAGAACCUCUUGAGAAAGCCCUCACGCAUGAAAUCACUAAAACUUUUCCUGAUGUGGACAUCCAAUUCGUGUUCUUCGAGGACAGUCGACAUGGAGCUCGUCUGUACACUCUCUUAGUCGCACAUUCCCAAACCGGCCUACGAUGGGGCCAUGAUUACAUGUACAACAGAGCCUGGAAGAAAAAGACGCCUGAUUCCUUGAGUGCCGAAAUAUCACGGAAAGCCUGCAGAGGACUUCUAGAAGAGGUAACAAUUCGCGGAGUUGUUGACGAACACUUGCAAGAUCAGUUAGUUGUGUUCCAAGCCCUGGCAGAUGGCAGGACCAGCUUCCCCCGAAGUAACGAACCGGCAGAUGAUAGUGCAGAAAGUCGUACUCCCAAUGGCCCGGAUUAUCGAAAUAACUCUCUCGAGGACCGAACACCAGACGACAACUUGAAGAAGGACAGUACACAUGAGCCAUUUGGAGACGGAUCUACGCAUACUACCACAGCCAGAUGGGUAGUAAGCGAGCUGUUACCCACUGUCCAAUGGUUUAACAAAGGGGCCAUUUGCGAUGGUGCUUGUGUAUCUUUCCCUUCCAAAUAAAAGCUUGUAAUACUUA